AUGACUAUCACCACUCCCAUCCCCAAGCACACCUUUGCGGAUCGUGCGGCUGCCAACAACUUCAACGAUACCCAGAUUCUCAACUCCAACAACCGCGCUGGCGCCGAUAUUCCAGAGAAGUCGGAUGUUGUCAUCGCCGGCGGUGGUAUCCAUGGCUUGAUCUACGCGAUCCACGCUGCCACGUAUCAGCCGGGAACCCUUAAUAUCUCGCUGAUCGAAAAGGCCAGCAAGCCUGGCUACAAGAUCGGCGAGAGCACCCUGCCGCUGUUCUCGUUGUGGUGCAAGAUGCAUGGCCUCACAGCCGAGUAUCUUCUGCGACUCUUCGGUCUCAAGGACGGAUUGGCCUUCUACUUCCUCGACCGCGAGAACCAGGGGGAGUACUCCGACUUCUGCAGUAAUGGCACUCCCGGUCUCUUCCUGAGUGGAUACCAGAUUGAGCGAACCAUUAGCGAGCUCCUCUUCACGCUGCUGGCUCAGCGCAAGGGCGUCAACGUCUACCACGGCCGCCAGGUUGACUUCAACGCCAGUGCCAUCAACGGUGGAUCUGAGUGCAGCAAGAUCUCCAUCAACCCCGGAAAGUUCGACGGAAAGCCGGCUAACAGCAUCAACUCCUCACUAUUGGUUGACGCCACCGGCCGUUUCCGCCAGCUGGCAUCCAAGAAGGCCCCGCUGCACCGCUUCGAGAGCUGGAACUACGAUUCCUUCUGGGGAUACUUUACCGCUCCCGCGGACGAGAGCAACAUCCCUCUCCGUCACUACGAAGGUGACCACACCAACCACCUGUGCUUUCCUGAAGGUUGGGCUUGGGUCAUCAAGCUCCCUUCAUGGGAAGGCAGCUCCACUGCCAGCCUCAUGGACAUGAUCUCGUACUUGCUGGACUGUGCUGAGGCCGGUAUUCCCGGAGAUCAGCUCCCGAGCUCUCAGGAGCUCGCCCGCAUGUUCGACCUCAAGUUCAACUACUUCGUCCAGAAGUACGAAAUCAUCAAGGAAUUCAUGACCAACUUCGACCUCAUUGAGAACCUCUACGGCCCCGGCACCACCUGGUACAUCCGCAAGUCUCUCACCUACCAGUCACCUGUCGUCUCCGGUCCCGGCUGGCUCGCUAUUGGCGACACCUGUGGCUUUACCAACCCGCUGCACUCGCCGGGUAUCACCGCUGCUAUGUCAACCUCGACUUACGCGGCCGAACUUACACACAAGGCUCUAGGCCAGGCCAAGAUCGAGGCCGAUCAUGAGGCCGCUGAGCGCAGCAUCCGCCGCACCCUGGCACCCUAUGACGACUUUGCCCGUCGCCUCAUCCCCUCCCUGAACCAGAUGAACCGCUUCAACUACGUCUGCUUCCGCGAUCCCCGCCUGGAUGUUAAUUGCGGUUCGAUUGAAGUGGUUUGCAUCUGCGGAUUGACUCCUGCACUUGUUGGCCGCUUGGAUCCUCGUGGCCCCCGGUCGAAGAGCCAGGUCCCCCAGGAGGAGUCCAUUGAUGGAGACGGUGUCUGCGGCCUGCCCUGGCGACGUGGUUGCUGCUGGCCUUGGGCAGCGGAGAGUAGAGCAAAGUAG